AUGUCCUCCACCCCCAAUCACCCUGGUGUUCAAACAAAAAAUGGUGAAGCUGUAUUCCAAGGAAGACCUCUGUAUCUUGAUGCUCAGGCCACAACUGCCAUGGAUCCUCGUGUGUUAGAUGCUAUGCUCCCAUAUAUGGUUUCAUUAUAUGGCAAUCCCCAUUCCAGAACGCAUGCCUAUGGAUGGGAAAGUGAAGAAGCUGUUGAGAAAGCUAGAGAGCAAGUUGCUGAAUUGAUACAAGCCGACCCCAGAGAAAUAGUUUUCACAAGUGGGGCAACAGAAUCCAACAACAUUGCCGUCAAGGGAGUCGCUCGAUUCUACGACUCCAAGAAGAAGCACAUCAUUACCAGUCAAACAGAGCACAAAUGUGUGUUGGAUUCAUGUCGUCAGUUGGAGAUGGAGGGAUUCAAGGUCACCUACCUCCCUGUUCACCAAAAUGGCAUCAUUGAUUUGAAUUUGUUGGAGAGCAGCAUAACAGCAGAAACAUCCCUGGUGAGCAUCAUGGCAGUGAACAAUGAAAUUGGUGUCAGGCAACCAAUCAGAGAUAUUGGCGAGAUAUGCAAGUCAAAAUCUGUUUUCUUCCACACUGAUGCUGCACAAGCUUUAGGUAAAGUUCCAAUAUCUGUAAAUGAUGACAAUAUUGAUCUCAUGUCUCUCAGUGCUCAUAAAGUGUAUGGACCUAAAGGUGUUGGAGCACUUUACGUGAGAAGAAAGCCGAGGGUUCGGAUCCAGCCAAUCCAAAGUGGAGGAGGACAAGAAAGGGGCAUCAGAAGUGGGACUGUGCCCACCCCCCUCGUAGUUGGCAUGGGUGUUGCUUGCCAGAUAGCCAGACACGAAAUUGAGUAUGAUCACAAGUGGGUUACAUACCUAUCUAACAGACUGCUCGAAAGAAUCACCUCCAAGGUCACUCACGUCAUCAGGAAUGGAGACCCCAUUCAAUGCUACCCUGGUUGCAUCAACUUGUCAUUUGCAUAUGUUGAAGGUGAGAGUUUGUUGAUGGCUCUCAAAGAUGUUGCGCUAUCAUCUGGAAGUGCAUGUACGUCAGCUUCUCUUGAACCAUCGUACGUUCUUCGUGCCAUCGGAGCUGAAGAAGACUUGGCACAUUCGUCAAUCAGAUUCGGCAUAGGCCGGUUCACCACAGAAGAAGAGGUUGACUACACGGCAAACAAGAUCAUCUACCAUGUAUCCAGACUCAGAGAAAUGAGUCCUUUGUGGGAAAUGGUACAAGAGGGCAUAGAUUUGAAGGACAUCAAAUGGACCCAACAUUAG